UUUUCAAUGUUAAACUGAUCUGCGUUAAAAAAAAUUAGUGUGAUUCAUGAACAGAUACGUGUGUUUCUUUUGACAGAACAUCAGUUUCUUAUACAAGAACCUUUUAAAGUUGAAAAACAAAAUUGUGAUAUAAAAUUAAACAUUUGAGUUCUAGUAAUGGAAUUUCCCGGACAAAUAAAAAUAGUGCUGAGCUGCUUCAACUUCCUGGAGUUAAAAUAUUUUGACGUACAGCUCGUAAGAAAUAACUGAGUAGAUUGAAGUGACAAUGCAGUUAAAUUUAAUCGUCAGCAUUUUCCUGGUGUGUAGUUUUGUUGAAGCUUUAAAUGUCAAAGUAGUAGAACUAUCUUACGAGCUUGGACCAGAAACAUUGUUCUUCCCAGGAAGUCCACCAUUUGUCUUAACUAUCCUACGUCGCGGUAACACUGGGGCAUAUUGGUUUGAGCUAAACAAAUUCGAAGCAGGAGAGCACGGUGGGACCCAUCUGGAUGCACCAUCCCAUUUUGCCGAGGGUAAAUUGAGAAUGCAUGAAAUUCCAAUGGACAAAUUAAUAGGACCCGGUGUCAUAAUUGACGUUAAGGAUAAAGUACAAGGGAACCCGGAUUACAAAGUCAGUAUUGGCGACAUUAUGGCGUGGGAGUUGAAACAUAAGAAAAUUCCUGAAUGUGCAAUCGUUAUUAUGAACUCUGGAUGGGGGAAAAAUUACCCAAACAAAGCGCUAACAUUUGGCACCGCGACUCCAGAGGAUCCGUCGACCUUCCAUUAUCCAGGCUGGCAUACAGAAACUGUGGAUUGGUUGAUAAAAACAAGACAUGUCUGUGUUGUCGGCACAGACACUCCUUCGACUGAUCCCGGAGAUUCAACGUCAUAUCCGGUUCACGUGAGUCUUGCCGAAGCAAACGUUCCGGGGCUGGAAAAUGUCGCCAAUUUAGAUUCAGUUCCAGAGACUGGUUCCACUAUAUAUGUGGCGCCUAUAAAGUUGAAAGACGGAAGCGGAGCACAAGCAAGAGUGUUCGCUACAUUUUCGAAAGUCGGUCAGCACGAAUAUUAUCGAGAACUUUAAUUAAUAUUUUCUCUAUUUCAAUAUAAUAAUGCUAUAAUUGCGUUUUCAAAAUACAUGUAAAUACUAUUUGUACAAAAUACUUUAAAAUCUGAUGAAAUCGUGAAAAUAAAAGAAAAACUGUUUUGUUCCUUAUAA